CAACGCAGCCUGAGCAGGCUCAGCUGAGCUAUAAAAAGGCAUGGCAAGGGGGAGGGAGGGCUGCCGUGCAGCAGGAACUGUGCAGACACACACUCACAGGGAUCCAGGGAUAGCAGCCCCUUGCACUGGGAUCUAGAGCCACACGACAAGAGAGAGUUGAAGGAAAGUCCUCUUAUAACGCAACACAAUGGCAGACAAAAUUAAAGAUGCCAAGAUCAUCUUUGUUGUGGGUGGGCCUGGCUCUGGAAAGGGCACCCAGUGUGAGAAGAUAGUGGCAAAGUACGGCUACACCCACCUGUCAUCUGGCGAUCUGCUCCGUGCCGAGGUGGCUUCUGGCUCUGAGAGGGGCAAGCAGCUCCAGGCCAUCAUGCAGAAGGGAGAGCUCGUGCCCCUGGACACAGUUUUGGACAUGAUCAAGGACGCCAUGAUCGCCAAGGCUGCCGUCUCCAAGGGCUUCCUCAUCGAUGGCUACCCCCGUGAGGUGAAGCAGGGCGAGGAGUUUGAGAAGAAGAUCGGCAAACCCUGCCUGCUGCUGUAUGUUGACGCCAAAGGCGAGACGAUGGUCAAGAGGCUCCUGAAGCGCGGCGAGACCAGCGGCCGCUCCGACGACAACGAGGAGACCAUCAAGAAGCGUCUGGACCUGUACUACAAAGCGACAGAGCCGGUCAUUUCCUUCUACGAGAGCCGUGGUAUCGUGAGGAAGGUUGACUCUGAGCUGCCAGUGGACGAGGUCUUCGGCCAAGUGUCCAAGGCUGUUGAUGCACUAAAAUAACGUGACUAGAUGAGCAGUGUCUGGUUGUUGUUUUUAUUCUUUUUAUUCCAUCCGUGUCAAUAUCAUGAGGACAAAACAUGAGCGACAACAUGACUAAACACAACAGAAUCUAUGACGGGUGAAAAGAUGCCUCGACUCCACUUCUACUCCAACAAUAAGAAUCUACAAUUCUGAGCUCACGCAACAACGAUUCCACUUAAAGCCGCAUCUAUAAAAUCCAUUUGUUUAUUCAUAAAAGUCUCGCCUCCAUUCUGUAACUACGUGACGUCUUGUGCGCAGGAGGUCAAACGCCUCCUGACCUUUAAGCUGCUCACUGUGGAGCCAACAUGCACGUAACACAGUUUUUUCCCCUGUCUUCUCUCGUCCAGUGUCAAGAGAUCAUGGGAAAAGAACUGCGAUUAUGCCGUUGAGCGAUGGCAGCCACUGUGGAUUUUUAUUAUUCCGGUAUUUAAAACACAGAAACAUUGUAGUUUUUCAUGAAGAUGUACAUGUGUAACAUUAAAGUGGUGAAUGUAAAAGAAGAAAAUUAAAGUAUAGGAAAAAUA